CCAGAGACAUAUGCAGGAUUAUAGAGCAAAAUAGCGGCCACAGAAAGAAUUGCAAUCGCUUUCGGGAUUUUUAUUUAAUGCACUGCACCUAAGAAGAUACCCGGAUUGCAUUUCCCUUUGGAAUUAUCAUUUAUAACUGUGCCAGAGGCCUCUUUGAAAUAAAUGUUAUGUGAACCGUCUACAGCAAUGUGGUUAUCAUUUUCAUGCGGAUGAGCUACUGUUGUGUCUUUCUCCUCCCCCCUCCCUCCUCCUAUUCUGCUUUCAUCAUAAUUCAAGAUCAUCUUUACAUCAUUGGACUCUCCUGACCUGUAUAUGAAGACGGAGUCGGGACCGUGAUGACCGCCCGCUUCCGGUUGCCUGCUGGCAGAAGUUACGAUGUGGGAGCGUUGGAGGAGGCCAGAGAAAGACAGCACAUGCAGGUGGUGUGUAACGUUUUACUAUUGGACAACACAGUGCAGAGCUUCAGAGUUAAUAAGCAAGAUCAGGGGCGAGUCCUGUUGGACGUAGUGUAUAAACACUUGGAGCUAACCGAGCAAGACUACUUCGGCCUUCAACUACCAGACGAUUCCUGUGACAGCCAGAAGUGGCUGGAUCCAAACAAACCUGUUAGAAAACAACUGAAAAGGACGACUCCACAUAAUUUGAGGUUCAGGGUGAAGUUUUUCGUGAGCGACCCCAGUAAACUACAAGAAGAGUACACAAGAUAUCUGUACUUUCUGCAGUUGAAACAGGAUAUUCUGACGGGAAGGCUUCCAUGCCCUCAGAAUACUGCAGUUAUUCUGGCGUCUUAUGCUGUUCAAGCUGAGUUGGGGGACUACAGUCACUCUGAACAUUUGCCCGGGUACCUUUCCGAGUACAGCUUCAUUCCCAACCCACCACAGGACUUUGAGAAAGAGGUCGCCAAACUUCAUCAAGAGCACAAUGGACUCACACCAGCUCAGUCCGAAUUUAACUACUUGAAUGCUGCGCAGAUGCUAGAGUUGUAUGGCGUGGAAUUGCACUAUGCUCGGGACCACUGUAACACAGAGAUUUACAUUGGAGUUUUGUCUGCUGGCAUCUCCAUCUAUAAGGACAGGGUACGAACCAGCCACUUUCCAUGGUUGAAAAUUGUAAAAAUAUCUUUUAAAUCUAAACAGUUUUUUAUCCAACUAAGGAAAGAACUGAAUGAGAAUAGAGAGUCUUUACUGGGCUUCAACAUGAUGAACUACAGAGCUUGUAAGAACUUAUGGAAGGCCUGCGUGGAGCAUCAUACAUUCUUCAGACUCGAGCGGCCCAUGCCUCCCGAGAGAAGCCUCUUCCUGCAGUAUUUCACCCUUGGAUCCAAGUUCCGCUACUGCGGGAGGACAGAGGUGCAAUCCGUACAGUAUGGGAAGGAAAGAGGCAACAAGAACAGAGUUUUUGUGAGGUCACCGAGUAAACCUUUGGUUCGGAGGCUCAUGAGUGGUUUGGACUGGGAGACCGUCAGCAGGAACUCUCUCUCGGACGAUCGACUGGAAACCCAGAGUCUGCCCAACCGUUCCCCACCAGACUCGCCCAAUCACAGUAACUCCCUGUUUACCGCUGAGGGCACGCGGGUCAGGCCGUCCUCCAUUGGUCACCUAGUUGACCAUGUGAUCGAUGACUCACCAUGUCAGACAUUCACUAAUCACAAGUCUGCAUCAUCCACGCAGGCCAACAGCAUCAGUCUGGACUCGACACCGUCUUCAGAUGUAACAACUGAUGAACAGCCGCCCGAGCUGCCCCCAAAACAGACCAGAAAAGACCCUCUCACCCACAAUGGCGGAUCACAGUCCCAACUAGACGACCAUAUCAGUGAAUUAUACAAUGUACCUGCGGCGUCUGGAAAAAGCAUGAAUGGAGCGGUACCUCAUGACAAUCUCGUCCUGAUUAAAAUGAGGCCAGACGAAAACGGACGAUUUGGAUUUAACGUUAAGGGUGGCGCCGAUCAGAGGAUGCCCAUCAUAGUGUCCCGUGUGGCUCCAGGAACUCCGGCUGAUAUGUGCAUGCCGCGCCUGAACGAGGGCGACCAGGUCGUGCUGAUUAACGGGCAUAAUAUCUCUGAGCAUACUCAUGAUGAUGUGGUUAUGCUAAUCAAAGCCAGCUGUGAGGACCAAUCAGGAGAGCUCAUUCUGCUUGUCAGACCCAAUGCGAUCUAUGAUGUCGAUGAAGAACAGGAGAAGUUGGACCUGGAACGGGAUUUCCAGUACAUUCCUGAGACUUCAGACCUCAACAAAACCCACUUACAGGUCGACAGUCUGAAAUCCUCCAUUAAGCUGCUGAAAGACAGUCUGUCCAGCGGGACCAUUCUUGCACAGUUUGAUCAACUAUACAGGAAACGGCCUGGGAUGCCCAUGUCAUGUGCUAGAUUACCGCAAAACGUCUCGAAAAAUCGUUAUCGGGACAUUUCUCCAUAUGAUGCCACUCGAGUCAUAUUGAAGGGGACGGAUGAUUAUAUCAAUGCAAAUUACAUCAACAUGGAGAUUCCUUGUAAAAGUGAGGUAAAGCGAUACAUCGCUUGUCAAGGGCCUCUUCCUGGUACCUGCUCUGACUUCUGGCAGAUGGUGUGGGAACAGAGCGCCACCCUAGUGGUCAUGCUUACAACGCAAGUUGAACGCGGCAGGGUGAAAUGUCAUCAGUAUUGGCCAAACCUUUCUGCAAGUGGCACCUACGGGGGCUUCCAGGUGACGUGUGUAUCAGAGGAAGGGAACUCUGCAUACCUGAUCAGAGAUUUGACCCUUUCACACCUGAAGAGUAACGAAGAGAGGCACAUUUGUCAGAUGCAGUACUUGGCGUGGCCGGAUCACGGCGUACCCGAUGAUUCGUCAGACUUCCUGAGCUUUGUCAGUCACGUACGCAGCAAACGAAGCGAUGCAGAAGAACCGGUGGUGGUGCAUUGCAGCGCUGGGAUUGGUCGCACUGGCGUUCUUAUCACCAUGGAGACAGCAAUGUGUCUGAUCGAGAACGGACAGUCAGUGUAUCCCUUAGACAUCGUAAGAACCAUGAGAGACCAGCGUGCUAUGAUGAUUCAGACUCCUAGCCAGUACCGCUUCGUCUGCGAAGCUAUUUUGAAAGUUUACGAGGAUGAAAUCGUAAAACCAUGCGAGACUGAAACUCCCAGUGAAAAGGAAGAAUGAACGGUGCCCUUCAGUAUUGCUGAUGUUCUUCUGUGAUUUACAACUACUGCCAGUGAGAACUGCUCUCAGCUCGCUGUCUCCCCCUGCUGGGCGGCAGCGGACAUGACCGCCUGCAAGCUAGAAUACAGUCAAAAAAGCACUAUUGCACUUUACAGCGACAAACAAUGACUUAAGUGGAUUUUUCAUUAAAAGAAAACAAGUAUCAGGUUACUGAUUAAUAGGUACUGUUGAUAAAAAGAAACUCGCUUUUGCUUUCGUGCCAAAAGCUGAAAUGAGCCACAGUCAAUGUCGGCAUGAAUUUUCGCAGCUAACGACAACAUUUUACAUUUUCUUAGCUAUUUAUUUGUUUAUUUUUUUAACAGUGGUCUUAAAAACAAUGGGUGCUCACCCCUUUCUCUUUCUUUUGUCCUGACUGUGACUGUAAGCGUUUUAACGGUUAAGUUUAAAACUUGAAGUUGAAGUGUGUAGUUUCCACCAACUAGUGGCACCAAACGGAAUUGCAAAGACAACGUAGUAAUGACUGUUUUCAAGCAGGUUUCUCAAACACUCCUAUUAGUCAAACAAACAGAGAGUCCCGCCCCAAACUUACGCCAUUGGUUGAGUCAACCACUGCUCAAACGAACAGCUUACAAGUUGAAAUUAACUUACGAAUGGCCUACUUACAGUUUAUUACGCUAAAGUAGGCGAAAGUAAAUUAACACUGAAAUAAAUGACACACUUCGGCUUCAAGUUUAAAUAAAAAAAAUGUUUCUCAAAGGUUUCAGCUUCAGCUAGUUUUGACCCCAACGCUUUGAAGAUAGUCUCAUCGUUUGUUACUUUACACAUUUUCAACGGAAAUAUCAAAGUUUUACCGAAAUUAACAGGCACCAGCUUCGAGUUCGCUACACUGAAAAUGAGUCGAAGUUUCUCUCUGUUUGCCUCAAACUGAUUGGUGGGCUGCUUUGACUAAUCGAGUAUUUAUUGUGAGGGCAUGAGUAGUGUGUGAAAUGUCGGUCGUCUUUAUCGUUAAAUAUGCAACAGGCAGCUGUUUCGCUCUACGAUCCACGUCUGUAGGAUCUUGGAAGCAGAUUUUUAUUUUAAAUUUAAAGCUGUGAAUUUUUGCAUUGACUGGAAACGGCUAGUUUUCAACCGAUAGGUACUUUGGACGUAAAUUGAGAUGCUGUAAAAGCGUAGAGUCACCGUUUUCACUGAGACGCUGUCUACUAUUCGUUCCCAUAUAUUGCUUAAGAUAUAAACAUCCUUAAAGCAAGUUACAUUUACUUGAGAAUAAAAAAUGCAUAAGAUAAUAAGAAAUAGGUUUUAUGGGCCAAUGGGAUAAGAAAAAUAAACAAUUCAAGAUGUAUUCUCUGAGAACAAGUUUUUAAUAUCUUAUGUAAUUUUGCUUCUAAUGUAAAUUUGUCUUGAUUUUAAGUAUUUUUAGAUGUUUUUUUUUUUACAGGAAAACAAGACAAAAAUAUAUUAUUAUUUUUUUUUGCAGUGAAUAUCACCAUAUGGUCUCAAAUGUUAAUUUCCUCCAUGUUUGCGGUCAAAUACUCCAGACUAUUAUUGCAAGCAAUGGGUUAGCUUAGCGCCCGUUUCACACAUACUCAGUUUGCAGUGCGUAUGCGGUGCAUAUUUUUUUCCGUACCCAUGCUAACAGGUUAGAGCUUUUACACUGCAUGCGGAUGCAGUCCGUCGAUCCGUUCCAGUUGCGGUGCGUAUACAGCAGUGCAGCGCUCGUUUCCGCACCGAGUCUAUUUUUGCUGUGCUGCACCGCACUGAAUUAAAGUGGCAGCGCAUUGUUCACAUUAAAAUAGACAUAGAUUGUCAGGAAACUGUAAUAAUUUCAUCAUAUACGCAUAAUUACAGUUAAUGUGUUCUACAGUUACUAAAUUACAGGGUCAAGAAAAACAAAAAAGUAUGAUUAUAGUCCCAAAAGUUGCAAAAUGCCAUCAUAUAGGAUUUUUUUACUCUAAAAAAAGACAGAGUGAACGCAAAUGCGUCUCAUUCUUCUCCUUAGCAACAGAUAUAGCGCGAUAGCUUUUCUUCAACUCGAACUACAUGUAAAACAAAGAAUCACAAUGAUUAAAAUGAAUUUUCAUACUGUUUCAAUGCCUUAAACAAUCUCAAAUUUAACGUUUGGGUUUAAAAUCAAAAUUCCUUACACAUUUUUGAUUUUGUGGCACACAGAAACCGCGGAUCAGUAGCGCACUGCAAACGCAGCAUAUGUGAAAGCACUAUAGCACGUGCUGCUCCUGUACCGGAUACGCACCGGAUACGCACCGGAUACGCACCGGAUACGCACACGGAGUAUGUGUGAAACGGGCGUAAGAUUUCAGUUGUACAAAUAUGACGUUACACAAAUAUUUUGCAUCCUUCGCCAAGUAGAAAUAUCGGUGCUCCACUCCAUAAAGAGUACAGAUUGAAAUUCUGCUUAUCAUUGAUUAUGCAUAUCCCAGAUCUUCUCUUAUCUUACUGGUUCCCUGUUAGCUACCACCUGUAAUCUACUCUAUCAUGUUUAUGUGGUCAUAGUUCUGGCUGUAGAACACAAUAGAGAUGAUGGGUGCAUUUACAGAAGUCGUUGCGCUUUUUAAAGUUUUAUUGACCGCAAGUGCAGAUGCAUUUUACAAACCCUUGCGGAUCUGCUCUUUUAGCCUGUAAUGAUCAAUGAGCCUUAUUCAUAAAACGUGCAAAACUAAUUCCAUUGUAAAUUGUUCAUAAAAUCGUUCUUCCGGAAUUUGCCAACGCAUCAGUUUUCGUAAGUACGGUUUUCCCGAACGAUUUGCAUACAUUUGUUUUGCUUGUGUAAAACUAUUUUUACGGUGCGUAAUCACGAAACGUAAAGUUCUCGUUUUCUGUAUUUUUGAGGGAAUGUUUAUGAAUUAUGGCGCAAUUCAAAAUUUAUACCGUUUUUAACGCAACGGUCCAGAUCAUCUCGAUUGUUUACGAACAUGACUUCUAUGGCACUUCUGGUCGCUAAAGAGCUAAAGUACGCUGUACGAUGUUUCGCGGUGCCAUUGCGUAAACUAUUUGGCGUCAAGGACCAAUCCCGCCCACCGUUUUGAAUGUUAGCCGACUUUGCUUCAGUGGUACGUCGUUAUAGCGCUGCAGCUAGAAAUUUACUACCAAUGUCGCAUUGGAAUUUUUGUAUUUAAAGAAAAAAAUACAUGAAAAAAGGACAGCACUUUGCAACUGACUACGGUAGUCUGCUGUGCUACUGUAGAAUUUAUACUGUAAUUGUGAGAUGGGGAAAAAUAUGCUGUUUAAUUAUAUUUAUGUUAAGAAAAUUGGCAAAUACCGACACUUGUGGGGGAUGGGGACUCUUAACUACAUGGUGUCAUAUGUGAAAUAUUUGUAAAUACGAUGUUAUAUAUUAAAAGUGUUCUGAAAAUAUAUAACUGUGGUUGUUUUUGUUUAAUAUACAUUUGUAUGUAUUACAGCUGUGUUUGUGAGAGAGAACGCUUGUCUUUUGUACCGACUGUUUAGUUUUCCUCUCGUCUUUUGGCACUUGUGUGCGUCAAAUCAAAUAUAAUACAGCUCAGUUUUUAUUUCAGUGUUUGUGAAAUAUAUCUGGAUCUCCUCAAUGAAAUGUAAGAAAGAAAACACACUUUUAAUUUCGCAGCUUGUACUUUUAUUUUAUGUUGUAUGAUUAACAAGAGGUGAACAGGAAUAAUUUAGCCAUAUUUAGACCGAAAAUAUAUGCUGCCGUUUUUACUUCCUCACGACAUCGACAUCCUCAGUGCGAGAAACGACUUUUCCGUCAA